CUUCUUCUUCCUCGGUUACAUGCACAAGGGUUUUUUCGGUUCGAUUGGAGAGGGAGGAGAACCGAAGACUUCAUUCCCCAGCCGAACUCCAUCGCACCUCAGCUUCAGCAGCCUUGGCUCCGCUUUAAAUCUUCAAGCAACAAUGGAAGUUGAAGGCCAGCAAGAGAUGAAUAACGUGAUGUGCCUUUUAAUGGACCCGGAAGGCACCCCCCUUGGAGCUCCCAUGUAUCUUCCUCAAAAUGCUGGACCUCUACAGCUCCAACAAAUCGUCAAUAAACUCCUCAAUAAUGAGGAAAAAUUGCCUUACUCUUUUUACAUAUCGGAUCAAGAGCUUGUAGUGCAGCUUGGAUCUUAUCUAGAGAAGAACAAAGUUUCUGUGGAGAAGGCGUUGCGCAUAGUUUACCAACCUCAAGCAGUUUUUCGAAUCCGUCCUGUUAAUCGGUGUUCUGCAACUAUUGCUGGUCAUGCCGAAGCCGUUCUUUCUGUUGCCUUUAGUCCUGAUGGGCGGCAAUUGGCCAGUGGUUCUGGUGAUACAACAGUCCGUCUGUGGGACCUUAACACACAAACUCCAUUGUACACAUGUACAGGACACAAAAAUUGGGUUCUUUGCAUUGCAUGGUCCCCUGAUGGUAAGCAUCUUGUGAGUGGGAGUAAGGCUGGAGAACUUCUGUGCUGGGAUCCACAGACUGGGAAGCCAUCGGGCAAGCAACUUAUUGGCCACAAGAAGUGGAUUACUGGCAUAUCAUGGGAACCAAUUCAUCUGAAUGCUCCAUGUCGCCGAUUUGUAAGUUCCAGUAAAGAUGGUGAUGCACGAAUUUGGGAUGUUUCAUUAAGGAAAUGUGUUAUUUGCCUAAGUGGUCACACACUUGCAGUAACUUGUGUGAAAUGGGGAGGAGAUGGAAUGAUAUAUACAAGCUCCCAGGACUGUACAAUUAAAGUGUGGGAGACUUCACAAGGGAAGCUGAUCCGUGAAUUGAAGGGACAUGGACACUGGGUUAAUUCUCUUGCAUUGAGCACAGAAUAUGUGCUCCGUACAGGGGCAUUUGACCAUAUUGGAAAACAAUAUUCGUCUCCAGAGGAAAUGAAGCAGGUAGCUCUAGAAAGGUACAACAAAAUGAGAGGCAAUGCCCCUGAAAGACUAGUUUCAGGGUCUGAUGAUUUUACCAUGAUCCUUUGGGAGCCAGCUGUUAGCAAGCACCCAAAAGCUCGUUUGACAGGCCACCAACAGCUUGUGAACCAUGUAUACUUUUCUCCUGAUGGGCAAUGGGUGGCAAGUGCUUCCUUUGAUAAGUCUGUCAAGUUAUGGAAUGGUACCACAGGGAAAUUUGUUGCAGCUUUUCGAGGGCAUGUGGGACCAGUUUACCAGAUAAGCUGGUCUGCUGACAGUAGGCUCCUCUUAAGUGGAAGCAAGGACUCUACAUUGAAGGUUUGGGAUAUUCGUACACACAAAUUGAAACAGGAUCUUCCAGGUCAUGCAGAUGAGGUUUUUGCUGUUGAUUGGAGUCCAGAUGGUGAGAAGGUAGCCUCGGGUGGCAGGGAUAGAGUACUAAAGUUAUGGAUGGGCUAGACCAGUCAAUAAGACAUGAUAUGUGAAACAACAGUUGUUCGCAAUUUCCGUUGUUUGAUACACCAGGAAGAACAUAGGUGAAAGAACAAGACAAACAACUAUAGGUAUCAAGUCGAAUGGUUGGCGGUAAUUCAGCAAGUCCUUGGGAGGUCUCCUACAUUAAAAUACUGUAAAGUAAAUUUGCUACUGGGACUACUAUAUCUACCAACCACAAUAUUUGGUGGAUCCCAUCCCACAAUUCCUGAAGAAGCACUGGACAGCUGUGUUUCAAAUUGGGGAGAGUUGGAGAAUUGGAGGUAAUGCUAAAUUUUGGCAUGUCUAUGUGAAUAAGCUAUUCUUGGUAGAGAUCUAAGUUUUGGUUUUCCAUCCGUUUUGGCCUUUUUUCUCCUCUUUUAGGAAUAUAUUGCUCAGAUCAAAUUUUCUUAAUUAUUUAGAAGUUGUAUAGCUAGGCAUAAGCAGAGAGACGCUUGAAAUGCCGUUUUCUGUUGUAUUCUUAUUCAGAAACGAAUGAAUGGUAGUGGUUAUCAUAAAAUAUGGUAUUAGUGGUACAUUUGACAAACAA